AUGCGGUCCACCAUUACUACACCGUUACCGUCGAGGCGAUCCCCUAAAACCGUCAGGCUUGACCACCGAUGCCACGUACCACUGCCAUCGGGGCUGGCUAAUAACUACGCGCAUCUGCCGUCGGAGCUUCCUGCGCUUUGUCACUACCGUCGGGGCUGCCGAGUAGCGCUGUGUCACUACCGUCGGGGCUGUCGAGCAGCGCUGUGUCACUACCGUCGGGGCUGUCGAGCAGCGCUGUGUCACUGCCGUCGGGGCUGUCGAGCAGCGCUGUGUCAUUAUCGUCGGGGUUGCCGAGCAACACUGUGUCACUUUCGUCGGGCGCCCGAGCAGCGCUGUGUCACUACCGUCGGGGCUGCCGAGCAGCGCUGUGUCACUACCGUCGGGUCUGCCGACCAACGCCGCGACCCUGCCGUCGGGUCUGCCGACCAACGCCGCGACCCUGCCGUCGGGGCUGCCGACCAACGCCGCGACCCGGCAUUCAGGGCUGCCGACCGUCGCUGCGACCCUGCCGUUGGGGUUUGCGAAUAUCGAGGCGACCAUACCAUCGGGGCUGUCGAACACCGGUUGCGCCUGUCAUGUUUAAGCUGCCCCCCAAUUGCCCCGAUUCUAAACGUCGGGGCUGCCGGACAAUACCACAACCCUACCAUCGGGGAUUGCCGACCAACGCUGCGACCUUGUCGUCGGGGCUUUGGAUCAACGCUACGACACUGCCGUUGGCGCUUCGCAUCAACGCUGUGA